UUCAAAUCUAUCUAUAUAUUUUGUGACAGCUCCACUCUAAUUUGGGUCUCCUCCACAUAUUUUUCAUUGAUGUAAACCCUAAAUUAUACAUAUUCAAUUCAGUUAAAUAAUAAAAAGUGCAUUAAGAUUUGAGCAUACAAAAUUACUAGUACAAAACAAGUGGUUGGGGAUUUAGAUGAAGAUGAACAAGAUGAGAGUCAGAGUCCCAGUCCUAAUUUUACUAUUUGUGACCGUUGUUGCCCCUCUCGUUCUCUUCACUGACACAAGAAUCGCUACUUUUUCUUCUUUUUCAACAUUUGAAUUCAACCAGGAAGAGCCUUCUUCAAUACUUUCAUUAAAUCGUGACGUGAGACCCCUAAAUUUGCUUCCGCAGGAGUUACCAUCGAAAGAAGCAGAAAAAGAACCACUGGGUGAUGUUCAUUUAGAAAAUGUAACCACAUCGGUUCCGAAACACCCUUUUGGAUUUGUUGAUGUUGAAAGCUCUAGGAAAACUAGACAGCUUAACGAAGAAUCCAAGGACAAUAUUUUCUCAGAUCCCAUGAUCCAGCAAGUGACAAACAAAUUGGAAUCAAAAGCAGGAGAAGAAGAAGCUGGAAACACGGAAACUGUCACGAUGAAGGAAACAAAACAAGGUGGAAAUUUCAUUGAAUUGGCGCAUAAACAUGGUAAAAGGGAACCUGCAAAAACCAAAAUCGAGAAACCCAAUGAACCUGUUUUCGUAGAUGCCCGUGUUCGUUACCUCAAGGAUCAAUUGAUUAGGGCAAGAGUGUACCUUUCCCUUUCAGGGACGAGAACCAAUGCUCAGUUUAGUAGGGAACUUCGGUUGCGUAUGAAGGAAGUCCAAAGAGCACUUGCUGAUGCAACCAAGGAUGCAGAUCUACCAAAAAAUUCUUAUGACAAGCUGAAGGCAAUGGACCAGACUUUGGCUAAGGGCAAGCAAAUUCAGGAUGACUGCACUGCCAUUGUGAAAAAACUUCGUGCUAUCAUUCACUCCACCGAAGAACAAUUGCGGGUGCAUCAGAAACAAGCCUUGUUUUUGACUCACUUAACUGCCAAAACUGUUCCUAAGGGUCUUCAUUGUCUAUCCUUACGCCUUUCGACUGAAUACUAUUCUUUAAAUUCUUCUGCACAACUAUUCUCAAAUAAAGAAAACCUAGAGGAUUCCAAGCUGUUCCACUAUGCAUUGUUUUCGGAUAACGUCUUAGCUACAGCAGUAGUAGUCAAUUCAACUGUUACCAAUGCCAAGCAUCCUUCAAAACAUGUUUUUCACAUUGUCACCGACAAGCUCAAUUUUGCUGCAAUGAGAAUGUGGUUUCUUGCAAAUCCACCUGGUAUGGCUACAAUACAAGUUCAGAACAUUGAUGAAUUUACAUGGUUGAAUGCAAGCUAUAGCCCAGUUCUGAAGCAACUGGCUUCUCAGAAUAUGAUUGAUUAUUAUUUCAAAACACAUAAGGCCGAGUCUGAUUCAAAUCUGAAGUUUCGCAACCCAAAAUAUCUGUCAAUGAUGAAUCAUCUUCGAUUUUACCUUCCAGAAAUUUUUCCGAAACUGAAUAAAGUGGUGUUCCUGGAUGAUGAUAUAGUGGUCCAGAAGGAUCUAAGUGGUCUUUGGUCUAUUGAUCUGAAGGGCAAGGUGAUUGGUGCUGUUGAGACCUGUGGAGAAAACUUUCAUCGGUUUGACCGCUAUCUUAACUUUUCAAACCCUAUCAUAGCUAAAAACUUUGACCCACGUGCUUGUGGAUGGGCAUAUGGAAUGAAUGUAUUUGAUUUGGAUGAAUGGAAGAAGCAAAACAUCACAGAUGUUUAUCACACAUGGCAAAAUUUGAAUCAUGAGAGACAAUUGUGGAAGUUGGGGACAUUGCCUCCUGGUUUGAUAACAUUCUGGAAACGUGUUUACCCGCUAGAGAGGUCAUGGCAUGUGCUUGGGCUUGGGUAUAACCCAAGUGUGAGCCAGAAGGAUAUAGAAAGAGCAUCAGUGAUACACUACAACGGGAAUUUGAAACCAUGGCUGGAGAUAGGGAUACCCAAGUUUCGAGGAUACUGGAACAGGUUUGUGGACUACGGUCAGGGGUACAUGCGGGAUUGCAAUAUGAGCCCCUAGUAGGCAGGGAUGAAGCAGAAUUGGGGCAAUAAGUAGUACGAGUAUAUAUUCUUUGAUUUGUCAUAAUGUUGAUGGUUAGUUUCCUCUUAUAUUACACAGCCGUGUGAAAGAGAAGCCUGCCAUGCAUUAUGUGAUUUUGUUGUAAAGGAGCAAGAGAUUGAUGUUAAAAAAUAGUUGGUGAUUGAUUUGUGUGCAUGUUGUAUCGUCCAAUGAUUCAUCUUGGGUUUGUAUUGUUUUCUUUGCACCCAGAAAAGGAUGAUAUGAAUGUCUAUUUUGUGUACAA